AAUGAUGUGUUGCUGCUGUUAUGGUAUUGUCACCGCACGGACCCUAUCCAGCCCGAUAACAUUCUCAUCGCCGGUGUUGUUUCGAUGAUGUGAGUUUCGUUUCAGUUCAAUUCUUUCACAGAAUCAGCAAAAUGAUGGCUUCCGCUUUAUCCGCUAUCAUCAACCAACCUCACACUGCUCAACGCUUCAAGCUUCAUUCUCCAUCUUCGUUCACCACUCUCACAUUCUUCAAACACAAAUUCAAACCUUCAUCUCCGCGUCCUCUUCAUCUCAUCACUACUUCUAGAACUUUCUCAGUUUCCAACAAAUCGGAAGAACCCUCGCUUCGUCACUUCAUCGCUCGAGCUUCUCUCACCGCUUCUCAACUUCAACCACAUGUUGUGGCGGAUACUGAAGUAUCUUCAACUGGUAGAAUCUAUCAUGAGACCUAUGGAUGUCAAAUGAAUGUUAAUGAUAUGGAGAUUGUUCUAUCUAUAAUGCAAAAUGCUGGCUAUAAUGAAAUUGUGACUGUUCCGGAGAAUGCGGAGAUAAUAUUCAUUAACACUUGUGCUAUAAGAGAAAAUGCAGAACUCAAAGUGUGGCAGAGGCUUAAUUACUUUUGGUUUCUUAAGAGGAAUUGGAAGGCCAAUGUUGCUACGGGGAGGUCGCAGUCUUUGCGUCCUCCGAAGGUGGUUGUUUUGGGAUGUAUGGCAGAGAGGUUAAAGGAGAAGAUACUUGAUGCGGAUAAAAUGGUUGAUGUUGUAUGCGGGCCGGAUGCGUAUAGGGAUUUGCCGAGGUUGUUGGAGGAAGUUGAGUAUGGACAGAAAGGGAUUAAUACUCUUCUUUCGCUUGAGGAGACUUAUGCUGAUAUUAAUCCGGUUAGGGUUUCUAAGAAUUCGAUUAGUGCUUUUGUUUCGAUUAUGAGGGGGUGUAACAAUAUGUGUUCAUUUUGUAUUGUACCUUUUACGAGAGGCAGAGAGCGGUCACGUCCUGUGGAUUCCAUUGUGAGAGAGGUGGCGGAGCUUUGGAAAGAGGGUGUGAAAGAAGUGACGCUUCUUGGGCAGAAUGUGAACAGCUAUAAUGAUGCAUCUGUGGUUGAAAAAGAGGCUGAAUCAGGGUCUAAUUGGAAACUUAGUGAAGGAUUUUCCAGCAUAUCGAAAGUCAGAACCACAGGCUUAAGGUUUGCUGAUCUGUUGGAUAGACUCUCGUUGGAAUUUCCUGAAAUGCGAUUCAGAUUCACAUCUCCGCACCCUAAAGAUUUUCCGGAUGAACUGCUUUAUCUGAUGCGUGAAAGACAUAAUAUAUGCAAAUUGAUACAUUUACCUGCACAAUCAGGAAGUAGCAAAAUGAUUGAGAGAAUGAGGCGUGGAUAUACUCGAGAGGCUUACUUGAGUCUCGUGCAAAAAAUUCGAAAUAUUAUUCCAGAUGUGGCCCUGAGUAGUGAUUUCAUUUGUGGUUUUUGUGGAGAAACAGAGGAGGAUCAUUCUGACACAUUGAGUCUUGUAAAAGAAGUUGGUUAUGAUAUGGCAUACAUGUUUGCUUAUAGUAUGAGAGAGAAAACUCAUGCCCACAGAAACUAUGUCAAUGAUGUUCCCGAGGAAACUAAGCAGAGGAGGCUAACUGAACUUAUUGAGACUUUCCGUGAGAGCACAGGAAAGUGUUACGACGAGCAGGUUGGAACUACACAGCUUGUGUUAGUUGAAGGACCGAACAAAAGAGCUCCAGAUACUGAACUUAUAGGUAAGAGUGACAAGGGCCAUCGGGUAUUAUUUGUCAAUCUGCCAAUCUCAGACAGGGAAGAUGUUAAUACAAAGAGAAAUCCUGUGGUUGGCGAUUAUGUUGAAGUCCGGAUAACAAGAUCUUCAAGGGCAUCGCUCUUUGGCGAUGCACUUGCUAUUACUAAAUUGAGUUCAUUUUACAAUAAUCUGGAAAAAGAAGCUGUUGCCUGCAGCAUGUAAAAGUAAAACCUUGCUGCAUAAACAGUUUGCAGUCGCAAGUUUUGGAUAUAAUCAUCGGAAAUUGCUUUAUCCCCUUGCGUUGAUGACUAAGUCGCAGUUUAUGGGAAAAAGGAUGCUACUACGCAAGAAGUGAGAUUAUGCAUUUACCCGCAAAAAUGGUUCGAGUCUGCAUCAAACUAUACACUGUACCUGCAAUGUAACAUUAAAACCAAAUAGCCUAGGGGAGGAUUGCUGUGAUUUUUGUCUGUAAACAUAUAACUGGGCUUUGAUGGAGCACAUGGAAUAUUUAAUGUGGCCUUUGAAAAAUCAUAUCAAUUUGUUACCAAAAUUCUUAGGAAUCUAAUGUUAUCAUUCAAUAAACUUUCUUAUUGAGCAGCUUAUAA